GUGGGAGGGAGAGAGAGAGGGAGAGACAGAUAAAGAGAGGGGGAGAGAGAGAGAAAGACAGAGAGAGAGAGAGGUGUCCAUACGUUACAAACAUACUCAAGGGAGGAUUAUAAGUGCCUCCUCCUUAACCUCUAACUUUGGAGUCCGACGGAGAACACACCCGAACAUGCUGUCCACCGAAGGGUCACCCGGAGUGACCGGAGCUGUUGCCAUAGCGACAGAAGAUGCUGAUGCUGAGGACAGGACCCUGUGGAGCGAGGAGGAGCUGGAGGACAGGUGCACGCACCUGGUGGAGGACUCCAUCCCUGAGGUCGCCGACGGCAACCAGGUGCGGAGUCGAGCCGAGGCCUCUCUGCCCAAGAACCUCCUGCUCAGACGCUCCGCAGACUCCACGGAGGUUCUCGGGGUGGUGAGUAGGGACCACAUCGCCGUGGGAACUCGUUUCGGACCCCUGGUGGGGGUCAGGUACAGAGAGAACAGUGUGCCCCCAAACGCCAACAGGAAGUACUUCUGGAGGGUGUUCUCUGAGGGUCAGCUGCAUCACUUCCUGGAUGGUGCUGAUGAGGGGCGGAGCAACUGGAUGCGCUUCGUGAACCCGGCCCGUGCUCCGUGCCAACAGAACCUGGCGGCGGGCCAGAGUGGCAUGGGCAUCUACUUCUACGCGGUGCGGCCCAUCGCCCCGGGACAGGAGCUGCUCGUCUGGUACUGCCGCCAGUUCGCCAACCGCCUCCAGUCCCCCCUCGCCCACCUACUGUCCGCAGGAACCACCGGGAAGACCUCCGCUCCAGCAGAGGGAGCCGUGCCUGUCCUGAGCAGCAGUCCCACGAGGAAGGGCUACAGCAUCACAGACAUCCUGAAGAAGGAGCCGCGCGCUCCGCACCGCGGAACAGAGCAGAACAGGUCCGCGCUCCGAGGCUCCCCCCUCCAGGAGGCUCCGCGGGGGAUCUGCCCCCCCAGCCCUGCUCUGAACACGCGCCCCCAGGUCCUAGAGGCAGCCCACGCAGCCUACGCCUUGAGGCUCAUCCCUAGUGCACUCCAUAAGGACCUCGGCAGAGAACCCAGACUCGGUUCCUCAGACCUCGGCAGAGAACCAAGACUCGGUUCCUCAGACCUCGGCAGAGAACCAAGACUCGGUUCCUCAGACCUCGGCAGAGAACCAAGACUCGGUUCUUCAGACCUCGGCAGAGAGCAAAGGCUCGGUUCUUCGGACCUCGGCAGAGAACAAAGACUUGGUUCUUUAGACCUCGGCCGAGAACAAAGACUCGGUUCUUUGGACCUCGGGAGAGAACAAAGGCUCGGUUCCUCUGGCCUUCUCAGAGGCCUGCCUCCAUUCGGACACGUUAGCGAUAGCCCUCUCAGGCCAGCAGUGCACCCGGAAUACUCCAGGCCUCUGCACCCGUACGGCCCAUCUCCGUUCUGCCUUCCUCAUCCUGCACUGGCGCUGGACAAGAUGUCUCCUCAGCCCGGCCUCCUCUACCUCCACAGCCCAGCUCAGAGCACGCCUGUCCCCGUACACAUGCUGCAGGUGCAGCCGCUUCCCUAUCUCCUGCACCUGUCCCGCUCUGGACAAAGGAGCGCUUUGAUUGGCUCGUCUGAGGGCCACAGAAACCUUGUGUCCAGCUACCGCAAUGAUUUGAACGGGCAGCCAAGCGUUGACCACAAAGGCUUUGGUGUCUCGCUGGACUUUGGCCAUAAUAACGUCGGCCUGUCCAGAGACCGAUUCGCCCACCCAGCACAGCUCCACGCCCCUCUCCUGACCACCAGCCUCGGGGGGUCUCCUGCCCUCGACCAGCCCAGGGACAGCUCACCCCUGCAGGGCAUGGCAGCCUCGCCGGGCCCCCUGCCCUCCACGCCCACCUCUGCUCAGCUGGGAUCCAGACGAGAGGUCUCCGUGGAGAUGAGCGACCUCGAGGCGUCGACACGGAGCAGCGUGGUCAACUACAGGACGCUGUCCUAUCCGCUGAUGAGGCAGAACGGAAAGAUUCGCUACGAGUGCAAGAUCUGUGGGAAGAUCUUUGGGCAGCUCUCCAACCUGAAGGUUCACCUGCGUGUGCACAGCGGGGAGAGGCCCUUCAGGUGUCAGACGUGCCACAAGAGCUUCACCCAGCUGGCCCACCUGCAGAAGCACCGCCUCGUCCACACGGGGGAGAAACCACACCAGUGUGAGGUGUGCCACAAGCGCUUCAGCAGCACCAGCAACCUGAAGACGCACCAGCGGCUGCACUCUGGGGAGAAGCCCUACACGUGCCGAACGUGCCCCGCCCGCUUCACCCAGUUCAUCCACCUCAAGCUCCACCGCAGACUCCACUCCAGCGGCGGAGGAGGAGGAGGAGGAGGCGGAGCGGACGACUGUCAUCCCUACGCCUGCCCCCACUGCCCCGGGGCCUACCUCCACUUCUGCAGCCUACAGCUCCACCUGCAGGGCUUCUGUCCCGCUAUGCAGCCUCCCGCCACAGGGGGGCAGGCUGGCGCACAGGAGGAGCUGGCCCGCAUCAACGAGGCGAUCGAGAGGUUCGACUUGGGCGAGGCUGCAGAGAGGCUGGAGAGGGCGCCGGAGAGGGAGGUGGAGCAGAGUGUCCUGAAGGUGUUCUGGCAGGAGAUGGAGGCAGUGGGGUUCCAGUCGUCUACACAGCAGGGCGGCGAUAGAGAGUCUGUGCUGGUACAGCACUCAGACUGCAGGGCAGUUGCGGGAAAUCAGAACACUCACCUACCUCUUCUUAAUGUGCACAUCAAACAGGAAGUGGAUCAGUAGCAACCACAGUACUUCCUCUGAUUCAAUUGUUUCAAUUUACAUUCCUUUGUGUUAGUCGGCCAUUUUGGCUCACCCUGAUAGAUCAGAGAGCUAGUUUCUCUCAGGAGAAAUCAGGCCGGACUGAAUGAGUCAGAUGCAGUCUGGAUGAGGACAAGCUGCAUGUAAACGAUCCGAUUGGUUCUGCUCCAGGACCUCAAGACUGUUUUCUCAUGGUGGGAAUAACCAAUCACAGGGACACGAUUUUCCUCAGGGUAGCUAUGCAACAGCAUUAUAUCACUUUGCAAAAGCUUGCAUAUUAGUUUUAUGUGCUCUUUUUAAAUUCAUAAAUACUUUUGGUAUUGCAAAAUAUAAAUACGCUCUGUUAUCUGGUACAAGAGACAUUUAAUAUGUAUAUUUUAAUAACAUUUUAAUUUAUUACUUCACAUUAAAUUUCAUGAUAAAACUUUUUGCUCUGGAUUCUGAAUAUAUGAAAAAUGUUGAGGGUUUAUUAAAGAUGUCUGU